UCUCUAUCUCAGUAAUUAUUCUCACAAAUAGAAGAAUAUUUAGAAAAAAAGCAAUUGGGUGUUGUUUUUUGAGAGGAAUCACGAGAUGGGUUUGUUGAAAAAAUGUGUAUUAACGGUGGUAGCUUUGAUUUUAAUGGUGGGAGUAAAGAUUGAAGGAUACCCAGAAGAGGAUUUGGUUGUAAAUUUGCCUGGACAACCAAAAGUUGGAUUUAAGCAAUAUGCAGGUUAUGUUGAUGUUGAUGAGAGAGCAGGGAGAAGCCUUUUUUACUAUUUUGUUGAAGCUGAAGUUGAUGCUGAUAAAAAACCUUUAACUCUCUGGCUCAAUGGAGGUCCUGGCUGCUCUUCAGUUGGAGGGGGAGCCUUCACUGAAUUGGGUCCAUUUUUCCCUCGAGGCGAUGGUCGUGGCCUUCGAAUUAACAAAAAGUCAUGGAAUAAAGUAUCAAAUCUCCUUUUUGUUGAAUCCCCUGCUGGAGUUGGGUGGUCUUAUUCAAAUACAACUUCUGAUUACACAACUGGAGACGAGAAAACUGCGAAUGAUAUGCACAUAUUCUUAAUGCGAUGGUAUGAUAAAUUCCCCGAGUUCAAAUCCAGGGGCUUGUUCUUGACCGGAGAAAGCUAUGCAGGACAUUAUAUACCACAGUUGGCCAAUGCUCUUCUGGAUCAUAAUAAACAUUCAACUGAUUUCAGAUUUCAUAUCAAAGGAGUUGCUAUUGGGAAUCCUCUUUUAAAGCUCGAUAGAGAUGUUCCUGCAACUUAUGAGUACUUUUGGUCACAUGGUUUGAUUUCUGAUGAGGUUGGGCUCACAAUUAUGAACAACUGUGAUUUUGAAGAUUACACCUUUGAGGACCCCCAUAAUGUCACCAAAUCCUGCAAUGACGCAAUUUCUAAAGCAAAUAACGCAGUUGGAGAUUACAUUGAUAAUUACGAUGUGAUUCUUGAUGUGUGCUAUCCAUCAUUAGUUGAGCAGGAACUGAGAUUACGAAAAGUUGCUACUCAUAUUAGUGUCGGGGUUGAUGUUUGUAUGAGUUAUGAGAGGAGACUCUACUUCAGUCUCCCAAGAGUGCAGCAUGCUCUUCAUGCCAACAGAACAAAAUUGCCUUAUAGUUGGUCAAUGUGCAGUCGCGUUCUGAACUAUAGCGAUACAGACGGUAACAUCAAUAUCCUGCCUCUUCUCAAAAGAAUAAUUAGUCAUCGAAUACCGAUUUGGGUUUACAGUGGCGAUCAAGACUCUGUAGUUCCUCUGCUGGGCUCUAGAACGCUAGUGAGGGAAUUGGCUCAUGAUCUUAAAUUUCCAAUUACCGUUCCUUAUGGUGCUUGGUUCAACAAAGGACAGGUGGGUGGAUUUGCAACCGAGUAUGGAAAUAUAUUGACAUUUGCAACUGUGAGAGGAGCAUCUCACAUGGUUCCUUUUGCUCAGCCAGCCAGAGCUCUGGCUCUCUUCAAAUCAUUCAUAAAUGGUCAAAGAUUGCCUAACACAACUUAUCCACCAAUUGGUGAUUAAGCGUAUAACUCAGUUUGAUGAAGAAAUUAGAGGAAAAUGGAUCAUUAGUGACUCUUUAAUUUGUAGAUAGAUGAGAAUUGAAUAAAUGAUGGUUAGAUGAACUUUCAAGGAUCCAUGAUUGUCAUUGUUGACUGGUUUCUUUAAACUUGUUAUUGGAAUAGUAUCCAAAAUUAGGUGAUUUGUUUGAUUUGAUUGUAUCCAAUAUUAUUGUAUGAAGAUUGUUAAAGAUCACUACCGCUGCGUUAAAACUCAAAAAGAAGUUGUAAGGAUUGGCCAAGAUAAGUUUUGGAGUUUUAGAGCUA